UACGCUGAGUACGUCUUCCUCGGGCUCUUCAUGACAGAAAUGCUACUUAAAAUGUAUGGUCUCGGUUUCCGACUCUACUUUCAAUCGGCCUUUAACAUUUUCGACUGUGUUGUCAUUACCGGCAGUCUGCUGGAGAUUGUCAUCGCCCUAUUCUACCCUGACACCUCCUUCGGCAUUUCCGUGUUGCGUGCCCUGCGUCUUCUGCGAAUUUUCAAAGUAACAAGGUACUGGGCAGAUUUGAGGAACCUGGUUCUCUCUCUGUUGAGUUCCAUGAGAAGUAUCAUCUCUCUGGUCUUUCUGCUCUUCCUCUUCAUCCUCAUCUUUGCCCUCCUUGGAAUGCAGCUCUUCGGUGGCGAGUAA